AUGCAGUAAAAGUGAGUGCGGAUGGUGCAUUAACGACACGCAAGCCUUAGACGCGCGUGGCGAGUUUAUUUUGAUUUUCUGGCAGCGGCGGCGAGGCACAAAGUUGCAGUGUGCGAGAGCGGAAAGCACACUCACACAUAAUAUCAUCGGAAGCCCUCAGCAUGGCGGGCGAGUGGAGCGCGCGGCGGGAUCGAUUUGGCUGGCGCAGCCGGCGUUUCGUUUGUUGCCCUCGCCGAGCGCCAUCUGAAAGAAAGUCACCCUCGCCAAUGCGGCACUCGGCUAUGCGGGCAGCCGACGACCCUUUCAAGGAAAUGCGGCCGGCGCGGAACUGAGGGGCAGGUCAUGGGCCGUCCGUGGUUCACCGCCCUGGCCCGAGCCUUUUCCAGCGCCAUGACCGUCCUCGGCGCUGGAUGCGUUUUGGGUUUAAGUUUGCUGACAUGGAACACAUGGUUUGCUGCUCGUCCGGGCAUCGUGCUCAAGCCAGAAACGCACUACGACUUCAUUAUAGUCGGGGCCGGCACGGCUGGCUGCGUUUUGGCCGCCCGCUUGUCCGAGGACCCUGCACGCUCGGUUUUGCUGCUCGAGUCGGGGCCAGAAUUUGGCUGGCUCGCCUCAGUGCCUCUGGCGGCGCCGCUACUGCAGAACACCGUCAGCGACUGGGCUUUUCGCACUGAAUCCCAGCACGCCUCCCAACUUGGCCUUAAAAAUCACAGCUCUGCUUGGCCACGAGGCAGAGGCCUGGGAGGAAGUGGCCAGCUCAACUACAUGGUCCACUUUCCUGGGGUGCCAUCCGACUUUGACCGCUGGGAAAAGGAAGGAGCCCACGGCUGGGGCUACGAAACAAUACGCCCGAUAAUGGAACGACUGACAUGCGAACGACCGCAUGAUCUUGUGCCACGAAACUCAAGCCCCAGAAUUUCCUACCGAAUUUUAAUGACAGGCGAUAGACUGUGUUUGCCGCAAAGAACGAAAAAGUGUGUGCCUAAAAUUCGACUGGCUGGUGGGGAGCCGACCAGUGAGACUUUGACCUCAGCAUUUGUGGAUGCCGGGAAGGAACUGGGAGGAGAUUCCUCCAAGGAUCAAGAGUGGGCUGAAAAGGGGUUCCGACGCUCAAGAAGCUCCAUUUGGAAAGGGCGACGGUGGAGCACUUUAGAGAGCCACUUGCGACCCGCUCUUGGCAGAGACAAUCUGCACGUCAUGCUGAACACUCACGUCGGCAGGGUCGUUUUCUCUGCCGAUUUGGGGCCCGGCACCAGAAGGGCUGAGGGUGUGUUCCUGACGAGCGGCGCCAUCGUACUGGCCAGGCACGAGGUCAUCAUUAGUGCGGGAGCAGUUGGCUCUCCGCAGCUGUUGCUCCUCUCAGGACUAGGUCCUAAGCAAUACCUGAAGCAAUUUGAGUGGAUUCCAUUCGUGGCUGAUCUUCCAGUUGGGCAUAACCUGCACGACCACCUCAACAUGCCACUUUACGUCAGCUUCUCUAAACCGAAUCUCAGUCUAACGCUGAGCAAGUUGCGUUCCAUCAGACAGCUGGGCAGAUAUCUGUUUUACAAAGAAGGUCUGCUGGCGUCAACCGCCGUGAGCGCAGCGGCAAUCUGGCCGUCCAACUUAGGCAUCCUCCUGUUCGCGAUGGGCACCCCGGAGGAGUCGGUCCUUGGAAACAUUGCCAAUUACAUGCCAGAGACUUUCCACGGGCUCUUCCCGCUGGCGAAGAACUCGAGCCAAGAGGGAGCUGUGCUGUUAUCUUCGUGCCUUCAGCCUCACAGCAGAGGCACCGUCACACUACAGGACAGCAACCCGCUGUCGGUGCCGCUGAUCGACCCGCGAUACCUCUCCGAACCCAAAGACGUCAAGUGCAUGGCGCAAGCAUUUAAAUUGGCCGCCAGGGUCACGAAAACGAGGGCGUUUAAAAGACUUGGGGCGAAAAUGCACUUGCCGGAAUUCAAGCACUGUGGCAAGCCAAACUUGAAAGACGACGCCUACCUGGCGUGCGCGAUCCGAACGAGCGCCAUCACGGGCUACCACCCCGCGGGCACCUGUCGCAUGGGCUCCGGAAGGCAGUCUGUACUUACGCCGGAACUACUGGUCAGAGGGGUCACAGGACUGCGAGUGGUGGACUCCUCAGUUUUCCCAACCCCUGUGUCAGGCACGCCAAACUCAGUUUUGAUAGCAGUAGCAGAGAGAACUGCGAACCGCCUUAUAAUCGAAUACCCCACGGUCAAGUACGACUAUUUUUAUUGAGCUGUGAUCAAACCACGUUACCCUGUUUAUUACAACGCAACCUGACGACAGGUUUUGUUUUGCAAUUUCCAACAGUUACUGUUGUGUAUCCUCUCCAUUCCAAUUUUUAUCUAUUCUAGCUUGUCUCAAAAAUACUAGUCAAGUGUGUGAAUGAAGUUGUAUCUUUUAUUUCAAGGUUGACGAUUGUUAUCACAAUUUAACACAUAGCAGUGAAUAAUUAACCAGUUUUACUGUUGAUCUCCCAAAUGAGUGCGUGACAAUAAAAACAAAUUUAAACUC